AUGCUUAGACAACUUCAUCUUACUCUUCCUUUUACCGAUGUGAUAGAACAAAUGCCAAAUUAUGAAAAGUUCCUUAAGGAGAUCUUGAGGGGAAAAAGAACAUGUGAUGUGGCAAAAACGGUUAACUUGAUCGAGAAUUGUAGUGCAAUCAUAAUGACCAAAAUCCCACCCAAGUUGAAGGAUCCCAGAAACUUUUAUAUCCCUUAUGCUAUUUAUAAAAUGCAAAUUGAUAAUGCUUUGUGUGACUUGGGAGCUAGUGUUAGCAUUAUGCCAUACUCUCUAUAUCAAAGACUAGAGAAGGGAGAACUUUUACCUACUAACAUUACUUUGCAAUUAGCCGAUAGAUCAAUUAGGAUUCCAAGGGGCAAGGUAGAGGAUGUUACCUUAAGGGUAGGAAAGUUCAUCAUCCCGGUAGAUUUUUUUGUCCUUGAUAUAGAUGAGGAUUCUACAAUUCCUAUUAUUCUUGGUAGACCAUUUCUUGCUACUUCAGGUGCUUUGAUUGAUGUCAAAAGUGCUAAGAUUUAA